AGCCCCUAACUUGUUUCCUACCCCAUCCAAGGGGCUCAUAGUCCACUAAAGGUAAAAAGGGAAAGGAUUACACUGAGGCAGUUGACAUCAAUUCCUCUGGGAUGCGGAGGAGGUGGGAGAUGAUUGACGGGCUCUCUGUGGAACGCUCACGGUACUAAGACAUCGUCAUCGACAUCAUCAUCAUCGACAACAAUAACAACAACAACAUGAACUCCUCAUCAGGCAACCUUCACAGCAAACACCUUCCUUCGGAGACAGAGCGAGGUCCGAGGAUUCCAGAUAUGGACACAGCCCAUCAACUUAAAGUAAGAGAGAGGCAGCGUUUCUUUGAGGAAGUCUUUCAACACGAUGUUGACGUCUACCUGUCCUCAGCACACCUUUCGAUUAGAGACUACACGAGACCACCUAUUGGUAGCAUCUCAUCUAUGGAAGUGAAUGUGGACAUGCUGGAACAGAUGGAGCUGAUUGACAUCUCUGACCAGGAGGUUUUGGAUGUCUUCUUGAGCUCUGGGGGAGAGGAUAAUGUCCUGAACUCCACAAUGUCCGUCAAUGCCAACAACAACCCUGAGGGAGUCAUCACUAAUGGACUCCUUCGACAUGUCCUUGAAGGUUUUGACUCCAAAUCCCGCGUGUCGUCCACAACUUCAAAUUCUUCUUCUGACAGCCAUAUUACUAAUGCCAAUCUAGGUGACACUUGUGGAGUCAUGUCACAGGAUUGUGUCACAUGUACCAACACCGUCAAGAGAAUAGCAUCACCACAAGAAAGAGAGGAGAAAAGUCUGACCUCAUCAUCUCUGUAGAAAGUAGGCUCCCUUCACCAGACCGCCACCUGCAGCCAUAAUAAGAACUGUAUCUCUACGCCACAAACAUCACUGCUCUUAGCGUUUAAUUGUUUUAGGAUGGGUUUUGGGUGGAUUAGAGAGGUAGGAAUUAUAGACUGUGGGCAUUCAUUUAUACCUGUGUCGUUGCAGUAAACAAAAUACGGUCAUAAAAUAUCA